CAUAGAGAAAAACAGAAACGAAACAUGGGAGGCUCAAGAAGAAAAUUCAAAGCAUCAAGAAAAUCAAAAGUACGUGUUGGAUUACCAAAGAAAAACCCAAAUGUAUUCAAACCAGCAUUUAAUUUACCACCAAAGUUACGGUCUAUAAUUGAUUCAACCAAUUCAAAGUGGGAUGAUAAAGCUAGUGUUAUUAAGAAUUACAAAGCUUUUGGGUUUGUAUCAAACCCUAAUAUUUUAGGUAAACGUAGUCGUACACCUCAUCAGAUUCAAAGUUCUCAACUUCAACUGCCGAUAUCAUUGAGAGAUGAACCGUUGGAUGAAUUUGAGGUUCCUGUUGAUACUGGUAGUGACCUUGAAGAAGAUGACUUGAAAUCUGCACUAGGGAAGAAGCGUAGAGAUGGAACAUCUGGUCAGUUGCAGCCAUUGACUAACAUACAGAGGAUUCAUAUUGGUCGGCUGAUUGAGAAACAUGGGGAGGACUACCAGAGCAUGUUCAUGGAUACGAAGUUGAACUCAAUGCAGCACUCUGUUGCAACAUUGGAGAAGUUAUGCAAACGAUAUCACGUCUCUAAAGAUAAGAAUCCUAGGAUCUUGACCCGCUGAUAAAAAUUUAAAAUGGAGCAGAAAGUGUUUGGAAAAAAUACUCUUGUAGCUGUGCCAGUUCCUCAUAUCAUUGAUGAGAAACAACUUCUGAGUAGGGAAAGAAUGUAUUGAAAUUUUGUCCGAGUUACUUAUGCUUCUAAAUGUCAUAUGAAUAUGUAUUAUGAUUAUGAUCAUCAAGGCAAUAUAUGCUAGUUUCUUUAAUUGGAUGCUUCAUGUAAACUAUUGAAUUUAUGAGCUGCCUCUAGCCGAACCGGAUUUUUUUUUUGCA